GAAUUUAGGAUCAAAUCCCGGUUCUAGAAUUCCUGAAUUUGAUCGAUCCCAUUCAGUUACUACUGCUUCGCUGAAUUCCGAUACUUCAAAAGAGAAUAAUGAACAAGAUAGUAAUAUCGAGAUAAACAGUAAUGAACAGAUAAAAACUGAAAUCGACGAUAAUGAUAUCGAUGAUGAUUGUCAACAUUUGAAUGUUAAGCAGUUUUCUAUUGGAAUAUAUUCUGUAUUAAAGGAUACUGUUGAUAAAUUUCAUUUAGCAUUUUGUGACUUACAAUCAUCUCAAAAACAACUGCAAGAUCAACUGAUCGCCUUAGAUCAAGCACUAGGUCGAUUAGCUAAAGCUCAAGAUAGUCCUCUGAAUCUAGAACCAUUUGUAUUGGUACUACAAGAAUAUAAACAACGAAUAUCAAAAGUACAUAAUUCUUUACGUAUUUCACAGGAUAGAGUUAUUCGUAUUCGUCAAAAUAUUCAGGCGAAAAAAAUCACUUAAAAUAAUUUCCUAUUCUCAACAUGGCUGUUGUUCAGUACUUGAGAGGUUUAGAUCUAUCUGGUAUCAAUUUUGAAAAGCACAAAGAUCUUUUAGAUAAACAGAGAGUUGCUCGACGUACUCAAAAUAAUACUGAAAAUGAUAAUUCAUCCCUUCCUCUUCCUUCAAUAUGGCCUUCUACUGAAAUACUUCAAGAUAUGUGCCGUUUACAAUGGUUAAAAUUAAAAAACGUCGGUUUAAAAGAGAAAUUUUUACCAAAAGAAAUAACACAUUUAGAACAGUUGGAAAGUUUAUCUUUAGUUCGAAAUGAAUUAACUUCUUUAUGUUCUAUCAAAGGUUGGCCAAAUGUUUUACCUAGUCUACGAAUGAUUACUUGUCGUAAAAAUGAAUUAACAAGUCGAGAUGCUAUUCCUGCUGAUUUAUUUGAGUGUAAUAAUCUUCAAGUUGUUGAUUUUAGUUGUAAUCAAUUAACACAAUUACCUAACGGAAUUGAAAAAGCUAAAGGCUUAUUAGCUUUAAAUCUAAGCAACAAUCAAAUUGCAUUAAUUUCACCGGAUUUAUUUGUUCAAUGUACAGAAUUAAUGUUUCUAGAUUUGGGUAAUAAUAAAUUAGAAAAUUUACCAGCACAAUUGCGUCGUUGUUGUUCACUACAACAAUUAAUCCUUUGUAAUAAUCCGUUACGUCAUGCUCAACUUAGAUCAGUGACAGCGUUGAAACAACUUGAGGUUUUAAAUUUAUCAGGUACUGAACGAAGACUGGACAAUAUACCAAAUGAAUUAGAUAAAUUAGAACGUCUUAUUGAAUUAGAUUUGUCGUGUAAUUUACUGACAAAAAUUCCUGAACCAGUUUUAUCGCUUAAAAAUCUUCGUAAACUAAAUUUAGCGCAUAAUGAAUUAUCAGAUUUAUCCACUUUAACUGGUGACUGGCCUAAACUGGAAUACCUUAAUCUUAGUUAUAAUCAGUUAAUUCAUUUACCAACCGGAUUAAUUCGUUUGUCAUGUUUACGUAAAUUAUAUGUGAAUAAUAAUCAGUUGACAUUUGGUGGUAUACCUUCAGGAAUUGGUAAAUUACAAGAUUUGGAAAUAUUCGAUGCAUCACACAAUGAAUUGGAGACUAUACCAGAAAGUCUAUGUCGAUGUGGUCGUUUAAAACGUCUGAUACUGAACUCAAAUCGUCUUCUUACACUUCCUGAUGCUAUUCAUUAUUUGAAAGAAUCUUUAGAUGUUUUUGAAGUUGACAAUAAUCCUCAAUUGAAAAUACCACCGAAACCACCCGAGUUACAGAAAGGUGCAGGUCUAGCUUUUUAUAACAUUGAUUUCUCACUGGACGCCCAACUACGUAUGAUGCGUGGGAAACCAGCUUUAAAUACUGAAACGAUUCAUCAUCCAAAGGAUCCGGCUGCUCGGUUACGACGUCUCAGAAGGCGUCGAGGAGAAGGUGUCGGAAAAGAUAGUAAAUGUGUACUUGAAGGUAUGCAACGAAUAGCUAAAGAGAAAGAAGAACUACUUGAAAAAAAGGAACAUGAGGUUGAAGAAGAAACACGUAAAUUGGCGGCUAGACGUUGGCAAGAUCUGUUAGCCAGACCACGACUCGAUUAUACAGGAAUUUUUGACGAGGAUACUGGUAUAAAUCCUGGUGUGCAGAUGUGGGAAUUGGAUCAGUUUUAUCCUAAACGUGUUGAAGAUGAUAUUUUACAAGGUCAUUUGCUUAAUGGUGAUUGUUAUGUUAUCUUACAAACUACUAUAAGUAAUAAUCAAGUAUUUGAAUGGACUAUAUAUUAUUGGAUUGGUUCUCGUUCAACAAAAGAUAAGCAGACUUGUGCAGCUAUUCAUGCUGUAAAUCUACGUAAUUUCCUUGGCGCUGAAUGUCGAACUAAACGUGAAGAAGAAGGAGAUGAAUCUUCAGAAUUUAUAGCAUUAUUCGAUGGCAAUCUGAUAGUGUUAGACGGUGCUCGUGGUGAGACUGGAUUUAUUCAUGUUGAGGAUGAUGUUGUAGUACCCAGAUUUUAUAGGUUAUUCGGUACAGAGAAACGUUUGAAAAUUGUCUCAAUGCCAUUAACUCAUCUCAGUUUAGAUUCUAAAUUCAGUUAUCUACUUGAUGCUCAAUCUCAUCUCUAUUUAUGGAUAGGAAAAAAUUCACGUUCUAUUAUACAAACUAAAGGACGAUUAUUAGCUGAAAAAAUUUCAGUUCGUGAACGUCGAGGUGAAGCAUCCAUUCAUAUUGAACCGGAAACUCGUGAAUCCAAUGCAUUUUGGGCUAUUAUAACCGGUGUUUGGCUUCCUGCACCACUACCGAAACCAACUACUAAUUCAGACCAAAAAGAUCAUAUAAUUAAACCUUUAGAUAAUCAUGAUGAGAAUAAAGAAAUCAAUUAUCCACCUGCUCCGGUAGUCCAACCACCGAAAGUAGUGUCUCGUGACUUCAUCCCUACGGACUGGCAGCUACCUCAACCUAUUUUAUAUGAUGUUCAAAUGGGAAGAGGUUAUUUAGAAUUACCACAAGUAGAACUUGAAAAUGGUCUUUUGUCUAAACGAUUAUUAGAUUCAAAACAUGUUUAUAUUCUUGAUAGUGGUGGUCAGUUAUUUUUAUGGAUGGGUGAGAAAUCUUCGAAGUUCCUUCGAUUUGCUGGUUAUAAAUUAGCAUUACAACUUAUGGGUUUAAUGCCUAGAAGUCGUUUAGGUGGACUUGAAUUAUUAUUUACUGAAUCAAAUAUGUCUACACUAACACAAACACUAUUAAAUAAUGAUCAUGUGGAUUGGUGGAAUGAUUUUACAGAUUCAUUGCUUCAACCGUGUACACAAGGAGCUGAGACUCAAAUUUUCAAGUGUCAAUUUUGUGAUUGGGAUGAGGCUUUAGCUGUAGAUUUUACCCGUACUGCUGAUUCUGUAGCACGUCGUGGAGUGGAUAUCAAUCAAAUUUUAGAAAAAGAUAAACCAGCUACUGAUCUUCGAGCAUUAUUAGCACCUAGAGAAACACCACUUACCAAUGAAGAAGCUCUACAAAUGAUGGCUGAAUGGAAUGAUGAAUUAAUUGAACCACCAGAAGAAAAUAUUGUAGAGUCAAGCAGUGCUCUUCAACAAUUUAUAAUGGUUGAUGGGAAAUGGAAUCUUGUGGAAAAUCGUUGGUUUGGACAAUUCUUCAAUCAAGAUUCGUAUAUUCUAAUUGCACGCUAUUGGGAUUAUGAUGAUGAAAACAAAGAAUUUUCAGAGAGUGAUAAUCAAGGUGAUGAUACUGACGAGGAUUCAAAUCUUACAAAAACUGUAGUCUAUUUUUGGCAAGGUCGUGAAGCAUCCGAUUUAAGCUGGCUUCAGUUUGAAUUCUCAGUUCGUAAAGAUAUGCAAGCUCGUCUAUCACAAAAUCCGGAAAAUGUUAGUCGACCAUUAAAAGUAGUAUUUAAACGCGUAAAACAACAACAAGAAGACACUAUGUUCUUAGCUCAUUUUCAACGUCAGUUCAUCAUUCAUUCAGGCCAUUAUCGUGAUCGUGCUGAAUCAUCACGUUUAGAACGAAUUCAAAUGUAUUAUAUUAGAGCAAAUGGUAACCUUAUAUCCACUCGAUGUAUAGAAGUCAAACCGUCAGUUGUAAAUUUAAACUCUUGUUUUACUUACAUAAUUAAAGUACCUGCACAUAUCGUUAGUGUACUUGAAAAGAAACAAACAGAUAAAUGUCAUGUCUAUGUUUGGACUGGAGGUAAAUCUUCAUCUGAAGAUAAAGAGCUGGCUAUUCGUUUAAGCGAAAAAAUGUUCAGUUGGAUUCCGACUGAUUUCCAUACUGUACCUGAAGGUUCUGAACCUCCUUUAUUUUGGCAAGUGUUAGGUGGCCAGAAGAAGUAUGAUACAUCAGCAGACUUCCUUACUUACGGCCGACUCUUUCGUUUGUCUAAUGAACAAGGUUAUUUUUGUGCAUCAGAAAAGUGUGCAGAUUUUUGUCAAGAUGAUCUUGCUCCAGACGAUGUCAUGCUGUUGGAUACGGGAUCUCAGAUAUACCUUUGGUGGAGUAAACGUACAUCAGACGUUGAACAGAAAUUAUCUUUACAAGCUGCUAAACUUUAUCAAAGUCAUUUACGUCAGAUGCAACCGGACCGACCAAGACAACUUAAGCUAACAGUGAAAAAUGCUGAACCACAUUUAUUUCGACAGUGUUUUCAUGGUUGGGGACCAUAUCGUGAACCAAAAGAUUGGUCAGAUCCACAGUUUGAUCAGUGUAAAAGAACGAACUAAUGGUUAGAAUUUGAUGAUGAAAAUUUACAUAACUAUAUGUUUUCAAUAAGAUCCACAUAUUUUAAAUACCACUUACUAAUUUAUGGGUAAAUUCUUACAUUUCAUUAAUGGCAUGAAUAUAAAAAUGGUGAAAAAAACCGUCCAUUUUUUCUAGAUUCAAAAUUUCAUUGAAGUUCUAUAAUGUUUGGAAAUCAUGUCUACUUGAGAUCCAUAUUUCAACGAAUGUCAAAACAAACCAAUUUUCAUGUGUUUACAGAAAGCUCAAACUUAUUUGCCGGAUUCCUAAAUAUCCGGCGUUCUAGAUCUAAGUGAAUAAUCGGUUUGUAACUACAGGUGUCAUAAAACAAUUAAAGCUCAACUAUCUGUCCAUCCAUUCAUAUCUACUUACUGAAUAACAUUGCAUUUUAUUCCUCUGUAAUUAAUAUAUCUGUUUACAUGAUUUAUAUCACUAUAGUUGUUGACUUGUAUCAUAGUAUCACUGUCGAUUAAAUUACAUUGAUAUUUGAUAAGAAGAUAGUAGGAAAACUUUAAAUGUACAUUUUGUUUUAUUUUGUAAUCUUCUGUUUAUAUUUGCAUAAGUGUAAUGACAAUUAUCUCUUACGAUUCCUAUUAGUAAUUUGACGAAUAAGAAAAUUUUGUCAUUAUUAGUUCAUUGAUAUCACUGAUUCCAAUAUCAAAUAAAUUGAUGACCUCCCGCUUAAUCAACAUACCUUACUGUUCUUUACUUUAAAAAGAAAUCUGUUCAAAAAUGGAUUAACUUGAAACAGUUUUAUGAGUACAUGCAUGUUCAAUAUAUAGGUUUAUCUAAAUCUCUGUAAUCAGUUAGGGGAUUAUCUCAUUUUUUGUAAUGUAUCCAUUAGAAUUUUAAUGAUAGUCUCAUUGAGUUAUAAUAAGUUUAGGGAAUCCUUCUCCUAUGGGUACUAAUCAUCAAUUAAUAACUAAAAAUAAAAAGUAUCAUUUAUAAAUCAACUUAACUUAUAAAUAAUUAUAUUUCAUCAAUAUUAAAAUUAUGUUUAUUUUAAUGUUAAGUAACACUUACAUUACCUAUACACACACACACACACGAAACAUCUACUUUCAACAUAACUAAUAGUUUUCUAAGAAAUAAGAACCAAAAAACCCUUCUGAUCUUUGAUUUUUUGGGAUUUCUAAUGUAUAUUGAAUUUUCAUUAUUUCUAAAUUUUGAAAGAAAAUUGGAUAAGCUUUGAGGUUAUAUGUGUUACUAUAGUUAUCGUUAUUUGUUUUUGACAAAAUUGAUGGAUUUAGAAUAUCAGUUUAUUGUUAAGAAAUGGUUUAUUAUUUUUUCGUUAUCUUCAACAUUUUAUUUAUGUGAUUCAUGAAUAUCGAUUAAUUUUUAGGGAUAUAGUUGGAAGACGUUUUUCAUCAUAAACUCAUCUGUAAAUCUCUGAAUAGCGGAAUUGAGAUAAUCGAAGAUCAGUUACUAUUAGGUUGUUACAUACAUUUCAUAAAUAAUGAGUUUAAUAACAUUUCUUUACUUUUCAUUCUUUUACAUUAUUUGUUUCCUUUGAAGUGAAAUUUUAUUUUUCUUACCUUAUUACUUACGUCUGUCACCCCUCACAGAGGAACAUAGGCCGCUCACCAGGAUUCUCUAUUGAACUUUGUUCUGGUCAAUCCUUUCCAGUUGCUAUUCAUUCUUUUCAUGUCGGCUUCCGAUUCACGAUACAAUGUGGUCUUUGGUUUUAUCCCUUUCUUUUACCCUUCAGGAUUUCAAGUCCAGCGUUCGCCUUGUGAUACAGUCUGAUAAUCUCAGUAAUGUAUUUUCUACCAUCUUCAACGUCUUCUCCUAAUUUCCUCCUCAGUUGGAAGCUGGUUUGUUCUCUCCCACAGUAGGUUGUAGCUGAUAGUAUCCAGUCAACGGACAUUGAGCAUCUUGCGAAUACAGUUGUUUAUAAAUAGUUGUACAUUUUCGAUGACGGUCCUAGUAGUUCUUCAAGUUUCAUCUCCGUACAGUAGAAAUGUCUUGACGUUUGUAUUGAAGAUUCUAAAUUUGAUGUUUCACUUCUCACUCAUUAUGAAAUUACAAAUAUGUAAUUAUUUUUUUUAUUAACAGUCUAUCCAGUCUAACUAUUUUAAGUUAUCCAGUCAAAUCCUUGUAAUGAUACUUAACGUAUUUUUCAUGUUCCGUUUUUAAUUGUUCUUCCUCAUAAAUUUUGCUCUUUCAAUGUAUUGAUCGAAAUGUGAUUAAUUUGAACAAUCCACGUUUGUAUCGAAAACUAUAAAAAUGACCAUCAUCCAAUUAAAUCUGAUUUAUUAACCUAUAUGAAAAAGGUCAAUCAACAACGUGAUCAGAAGUCAACAGAACAAGACAGUCAAUUAGAAGAGAAAUGUAGGGGAAACGUAUGAGGACAAUCAACCACAAAUAAGACUGCCGAAAUCAACUUAUAUAAGUCUCGUGGAAUAAUUAAGAAGUUCACUUCUACAUAAAUCAAGCACUGAUAAUAUUUUGCGGAAUGAAAAUGAAAACUCAUCAAUUAGACCAUUUGUCUCAAAGAACUCAAAAACAAACAAAAAUCAACUGACUUUUGAAGUACUUUCUAGCUCCUCCUCAUAACUACCAGCAAAAUUAGUAAAUAGAACUACCUUCAAAUAUUAUUUAUCAUUGUAAAAUAUUGUCUCCAAUCGUCAACCUGUUCAAUAAUUUACUAUCAUCUAACAUUCAUUUUGUUUUAUUUUCUCCUUUUUGGAAUCUUUUAAUUAAUUUUUUUCCCA